ACGCUGCUGUCACGUGGUCUUUAUUUAUGUAAUGUAAUGGUGUUACACAGUAACCCAGCUUUGUGGUCGUGGAGACGUCGCUAGAGGGGUUAAAAGCGAACACGGACCACUAAAAGAAGACAACAGUAACGUGCAGCUAUUGUGAGAUUCGUGUUGCGGUCAUGGAGUUUGGCGCGGUCAGGAGAUCGUCGCAGUGAACUGGAGGCUGACUUCUCUUUACACAACCUGCCAAAAAGGGAAGACGCUAUGUGCCCCCAGCCAAAGACUAAGUUGUGUUAUUAAAUCGGUCGUUUCAAUGGAUGUAUUGAGGGACAUUUGCGAGGUGAGCAUUUUCGGAUAAGCUUGACAGAAAGCAAUGUGGUUCGAGCAGAGGUGAUCAAGUAAGGGGUACAUUUACAGUAUCGCCAGCUGUCAGCGUGUUAUUUAAGUGGUCCAUGCAGUACUUUACAGAACAGCUGAUACGCCCGCAUUGCUUUGACGAAGAAAAAGCACCAAAUCGUCCCGCAGGACGCUGUUCUGGUGACAUAACCCAUCCACCAUGGAUCUGCUGGAGUGUCCGCUCUGUCUCUUCUUGAUGUGCGAGCCGGUGACCAUGUCGUGCGGUCACACGUUCUGCCGGAGGUGCGUCGGGGGUUUCCUCCCGUCCAAAUGCCCGUCAUGCAAAGAGAGGUUAAAACAACGCGAGGUGAAGAGCAUGAAGAACAACGUGCUUCUUAUCAGCAUCAUUGAGAAAUGCUGCCCCGAAGAGACGAAGAUAAAGUGCCAUAUCCAGGAGAAGCUCAGAGCCAACGAGUUUACGGAAGCUUUACGCAUCGCAAACGAGGGCUUGAACUUAGUCCCAGAUGAUCCAAGUUUAAAGGUGUACAGAGCCGAAGCUAACUGGGGACUGAUGUGUUUCUCCGACGCUCUGAUGGACCUCGACUACCUCUGCUGCCUUCGUCCUAACUGGACCGAGGGCUUCUUUCGUAAAGGGAAUGUGCUGUUGGAAAUGGGUCAGCAGGCGGAGGCCCUCGUCCAGUUCCAUCGUUGCCUAAAUCUACAAGCUGACUUUGCUCCUGCAAAGAGCCAGAUCAAGAAGAUCCUGGAGGCAGAGGGCAUGGCAGUGCCAGAUGAGGUGUCCUGCAUCUUGCAAGUUGUGUCUGAGUACCUUAAAGAGCCCUGCCCCAUCACCAGCCUCAGUGGCUCCCAGGGGCCAACCUACCCCGAGGGCCUCAGGCAUCCACAUGGGAAUGACGGAGAGGGAAAAGGGAGGAGAGAGACUCACCAGGGCUCGAGGGUGAAGCAUGACUCGGGUACUGAGUGCUGCCUAAGUCUCUGCCAAGCUGUUUCCUUCCUCCCUGCUGCUGAGGAGGAUGAGGAGAUGAUGAUGAGGAAGGAGGAUGAGCAUGGCAGAGGUGAAAAUAGUCAACGCAGAGAGAAAACUCUGGCUGUUCUCACUGUGUCAGACUUUGAAUGCCCUCUCUGCAUUAGGUUGUUUUUUGAGCCAGUCACUACUCCCUGUGGUCACACUUUCUGUAAAAAAUGCAUAGAGAGGAGUCUGGACCACAACCUCCGCUGUCCACUCUGCAAACAGCCACUACAAGAGUACUUUAAAAACAGGAAGUACAACACAACAGCUCUUCUCCAGGAAAUCAUGACCCUCCUUUUCCCCACGCAGCUGGCUGAAAGGAAACAGGUCCAUGAUGCUGAGAUGGCUGAACUGUCCAAUCUUACCAAGGAUAUUCCCAUAUUUGUCUGCACGGUGGCCUACCCUGGAGUUCCCUGCCCCCUGCACAUAUUCGAGCCUCGGUAUCGGCUGAUGAUGCGCCGCUGCAUGGAGACUGGCACAAAGAAAUUUGGCAUGUGCAGUUACGAGCAUGGAAAGGGGUUUGCAGACUACGGCUGCAUGUUGGAGAUCCUCUCUCUGGAGCUGCUGCCUGACGGGCGUUCCUAUGUUGACACAGUAGGUGGCAGCAGAUUCAGGGUGCUAAAAAGAGGUUUGAGGGACGGAUACCACACUGCUGACAUAGAGUACCUGGAGGACCUCAAGGUUGACGGCAGUGAGUUGGAGCUUUUACAGCGUCUCCAUGACAGCGUUUAUCAGCAGGCUCAGGACUGGUACCAGCGCCUUGGAAGCCGUAUUCGUGAGCAGAUCAACAGGCAGUAUGGCCCCAUGCCGGAUAAGGAGGAUGACAUUCAGGCCUCAUCCAAUGGUCCGGCCUGGUGCUGGUGGCUGCUCUCCGUCCUCCAGCUGGACCCAGCGUAUCAAACCACUGUCCUGUCCCUGACCUCACUCAAAGACCGCCUUGGACACCUCCGCCUCGUCCUUGAGUACUUCUCUCAGAGCUAGAUUCCACAGCACCCUGGUGUUGUUGCCACUUCCAGCUGAGAGUUAAAUAAUGUGCACUCAUACAAACGGAGAGAAACGCACUCGCACCACAGAGAGGUUGGGAUUUGGACUCUGAAUCAUGAAGGGAUGGUCUAAAAAGUCCCAGCUCAAGGCCGAAUCACAUGGUCAUGAGCAGAAAGAUAGUGAGUGAAUUACAAAGCACAUUGCUGUUGUUUAGACACAGGUUUUUACUAUUGGAGUUUGCAUAUCUUUCCUGGACCAUUUUCUUCUCUGGCGUUAGAGGGGUCUGAAUAAUUUUACCAUAAAUAUAGUUCUCAUUGACACAGGAAGGCGCAUGUUUGACCAAAGAUCCCGUUAAAGUCCUAAUUCAUUACUGUUAAGCUAAAUCUGCUCUUUUUAAUUAUAAUUUGCCAAAACCACCACUAGGUGUCACUAAUUCUCUCUGGUAACAAGGACUAGGAGCACAAAUCAACAUCAGCCAAGCUACCACAGCUAACUGUACUGUAAAGUGUUGCCUAUUGCAUCAAUCAGGAUUGAUCAGGACUGCAUAUUGAGAGAAAAAUACCUGUGUUAAAAGUCAUAAUUUUAAAGAUCCGGAGUUAUUCAGAUAUUGUUAAAGGGCAAUAUUUCUAAUGUUAAUAUUUAAGCUUCAGCUUUUGGCCUUUGAAAAUGUCUCGGUUUGUACUAUUGAAUUAUAUUUGAAGAUCCCUGUUAGAUUAAUAUUGCAAUAAUAAUGUGUAUUGUCACUUAAAAUGGCAGCAGUUUUAGGAUCUUUUUUUAAAAGAAUGAAAGCUGAUGAAGAGGCUGCUGCUUUUGAAUGCUGUUUGUUGUUUUCUGGGCUGAGAAAGUUGCUGAGGUUUUGGCUGUAAGGAGGCUGGGGUCAGUGGUUCAGAGCAGGAGUAUAAGCUAGGGCUGCACCUGUUCACAAUUUUGUCAAUCAGUAUGAAGUUCCCAUACAUAAAAAAUGUCCAUUUGA